AUGCCCCACGCCUGCCCCUGGCCCCGGGCGGGGCUGCAUCGUGCCCGGACCCGGGCGUCCCGCCGCGGUCUCGCCUCCCGCCGGCUCUGGUCGUACUGGCGGUGGCGCUGCUGGGCGGGCAUCAGUGCCUGGGGCUGGGGCGGCACCGCCUCUCUUUGGCUCCGCCUGGCCCGAGCCCGGCCCCGGCCCCGGCUCCGGCCCCGGCCCCGGCCGCAGCCCCUCCCGGGGGCCGCGGAGGACACAGGCGCCGAGCCGCCGCUGUCCCGCUGCAGGGAGCGAACGCCUGGGGAUGGCCGGCCCGGGGCGCUUGAGGGGCGCUCGGGGGCCGUUGCCGGCCCCGGGCCGAGCGCUGACAGCCGCGUCCCGCCGGCAGGGAAGGCGCAGCAGGGCCUGAAGGAGCAGUACCGGCUGGGCUCGCUGCUGGGGCGCGGCGGCUUCGGCAGCGUCUUCGCGGCCACGCGGCUCUCGGACGGCGCCCCGGUGGCCAUCAAAAGGGUGCCACGGGAGCGCGUCCGGCACUGGGGCGAGCUGCCCGACGGCACCAGCGCACCCCUGGAGAUUGUGCUGCUAGCCAAGGUGUCCACUGGCUUCCCUGGUGUGGUCCAGCUGCUGGAGUGGCUUGAGCUCCCCAACGACGUCUUGAUGGUGCUGGAGCGCCCGGAGCGGUGUCAGGACCCGCAGCAUUUCAUUCGGGCACGGGGCUUCCUGCCCGAGGAGGUGGCGCGGGAGCUGUUCCGCCAGGUGCUGGAGGCCGUGCGGCACUGCACCAGCUGCGGGGUCCUGCACAGGGACAUCAAACCAGAGAACAUCCUGGUUGACCUGGACACCGGGCAGGCCAAAUUGAUUGACUUUGGCUGUGGCACCUACCUGCAGGACACAGCCUACACUCACUUUGCAGGAACACGGUCAUACAGCCCCCCGGAAUGGACCCACUUUGGCUGGUACUAUGGCAGGCCAGCUACCAUCUGGUCCCUGGGCAUCCUGCUGCACCAGAUGGUCUGUGGGGAGCACCCUUUCAGGAGGGGCCAGAACAUCAGCUGGGACCAUCAACUCUCGCUGCCACAAGGGCUCUCUCAAGAGUGCCAAGAUCUGAUCAGGCGGUGUUUAUCCAUGCUGGACUUGGAAAGGCCCUCAUUAGAAGAGCUGCUCUGUCAUCCUUGGAUGCAGGAUAUUCAUCUGCCCUAGAAGAAGGGAGAGAGCCACAGGCACACUGUGAUGCAGG